AUGAAGUUGGUGACGUUCCUGCUGUGGGGUUUGAUUGCCAUCUUGGUGUUCCCCAUCUCGUGUUUCUGCGCCUUCCUCUGGAUUCUCUUCUCCUGCUGCUCGCCCUGCUUCUCCGAAUGCGGUGCCGUACUUGAAGCCAUGUGGAAGGGAACCACGCUGGUGCAGUACUGCUGCAUUAAGGCCAUGGGCGGUGAACCCGGAGGAGCCAACAAGGGUGGCGGCGGCGGCGGUCACUAG